CUCGGUAAAAGUAAAAGAAUAAGGCAAAACAUACUAGUACAAUGUUAUCUUGAUUUUUUCGAGACAAAAAUCAUCCAAACAGAAGCAUAUUGUAAUGAAGAAAAUGGCAAUGAUGAUGAAGCAAGAAAGCUUCUUUAUCUCACAUUCCUUCUUUAUCUCACCCAAAAAUCCCCCUCUCAAAUGGAGAGAAGAAGCUCUGUUAAAGAAACUUAUACAGAAAAACCCCAAGAAAACUCCUAAAUGCAUCUGCAUUGAUUUCAAGGAAAUCUUGCAGUUUAGGCAGCCAGCAGCAACAGUAAUUGUGGCUAAUGCUUUGAUGAUGAUUUCACCCUUAGAAGCGUUGGCAGAAACAUGUGAAGCUGAAAAUUCUCUCUUCAAUAUGAAUAUGCCGUUACUGCUGCUUGUUGCGCUUAUUGGGGCCACUGUUGGAGGACUACUUGCACGUCAACGAAAAAGGGAAUUGCAGCGGUUGAAUGAACAGCUCCGCCAAAUCAAUGCUGCUCUAAGAAGGCAAGCCAAAAUUGAGUCCUAUGCACCUAACUUAAGUUAUGCUCCUGUUGGUGGCAGGGUUGCAGAAAGUGAAGUAAUUGUCGAUCCAAGAAAACAGGAAUUAAUAUCUCGCUUGAAAAAUGGGAAGAAAUUUCUUAGAAACCAAGCACCAGAAAAGGCGCAAUUGGAGUUUAAAGCUGCUCUUGACCUUGCACAGAAUUUAAAAGAACCUUUGAAGGAAAAGAAAGCAGCUCGGGGCUUAGGGGCAUCUUUACAACGGCAGGGGAAGUACCGGGAAGCUAUAAAAUACCACUCUAUGGUUCUUGAAAUAUCGGCAAGACAUGGAGAGGAGUCGGGGAACACAGAAGCUUAUGGAGCAAUAGCUGAUUGUUAUACUGAGCUUGGGGAUUUGGAACAAGCUGCAAAAUACUACGACAAUUAUAUUGCAAGGUUAGAGACUGAUUGAGCUGCUAGUGGGAGGAUCUAUGAUCGAGAAAUCUGUCUGGAGCCGACCCUUUGGGUCAAUCACAGCCUUCAAAACUUGGGGAUAAUGGAGUCGCCCCUCUAUACUUCUCCGCAUAAAUACCAGAGUUAGUUUGCUUGGCGCAGGGCUCGAACCUAUUAUGGAUAUUUGUUUAUUUUCAUGCAUUCAAAGUAGAAUGCUUAGAGCCUUAGACGGUGAGACCACCAGUAUUUCUCUGGAAAUCCUUUUUGUAUGAGCAUACUUUAUUAACUGGUUCCUUCCAUUUUCCCUUUUACACACUCUUUUCCAAUGUAUCUAUCUGGAAAAAACUUAGAUUACGAUAAACUGGAUCGGAUUUUGCUGUUUUUUUUUCUGCAGUACCUCGACGUGAAUCUCUCAUCUCGUAUUUACCAAAAAUGCAUUAGUUUA